AUGGACCAGUGUCUUUCUCGCAGAAGGGAGCAGCUAUACAGGCGGCUCCUUAUUAAUGCCUCUAAAGGUUUAACUUUCUCUCAAGAUGUCAUGUGGGAGAGAGGACCAGACAGCAUCCCAUACAGCAAAGCUGACUUCACCUGGCUUUUUUGUGCUUCUGGCCAAUUAGCACCACUCACCAGAACUAAGAGCACAAAACAAGGAGGAAAGAAAACAUUGCUACACCACGCUCAACUCCGAGGCUAUGUGACACCUCCUUUACCAGCCUUGCCACCAUUGCAGACUGUACAUCGCCAUUCACUGACCACUAAUAAGUCUUUUAUUUCACAGACUGGCCAUCAAGAUGGAGCAUUAGACACAGAUAAAAGGACAGGGUUGAAUGAAGCCUUAAACAUGCACAGUAUAAUUCCCUACCAGCUCCCUACCAUAUUAGAGGAGGAAGAGCAGAGGAGGAUAAGCAAGUUAGAUGAAUCUGUGGUGACUAAGAAUACUGCUCAGUGGAUUGUUAGUCAGCAGAUUCCUAGAGAUUAUCAGUAUAAAGCAAGUCUGCAAUCACUGCUGAAAGAUCAGUGUGUGUCAGCCAGUACCACUGAUCCGGGAGCUGAUGAGUCCAAGGGUAAGGAGGAUUUCUGUGGCUUCUCUAGUGUGCCAAAAACCAGCACAGGACCCAAACCACUGCAGAUCAGCAAACCCGAGACACUGCUACCAGUUUAUUACAGGAUGCAAGGUUACACUAUCUCACCAGUUUCCAUAGAUGAGCAAAGUGGGAUCAAUAGGACUGCAAAUGAAGUGACCAUAAUUCAUGUGGAGACACCGAAGCUGCCUUGCCUUCAGGACAGCCUGAACCCACAUGCUGGAAAAUUUGUUUAUCACACUGAAAACGACUUUGAACUGGAACUUUACACAGGGACAGCCAAACAAGUACAUCAAGCAGCCAGAAAGAAUCAAUACCGCAUCAUCAUGGACAACAACUCAGAGUACAAAAAGAACCUCCAGGACAUGUUUCCAUGUGGCCCAGAAAGGUGGACAGGUUUCCAAUCAGCUGACUUGCUAAGUGUGGCUGAAGCAGAAAUGAGUAGACUGGAGAAAGGAGUACGGCGAUGGGUGGGUUUGCCCACCAAAGCUGACUAUACUACAGAGCUAGGGCUCAGACCUCCUGAUUUCAACAGACAAGACACAAAAGUGCCCAAACAACCAGUUAAUUACAGCCCCAUGCCGGGUCUUUCAUCCAUCCGCUAUGCCGUAGAGGGAUGGAGGAAUGCCUGGAAGAUCAAAACUACUUGGCAUAGUGUCACUAUUGAGGGUUUGAAGAAGGAUCUCACAGAUCUGCACUGCCAAGUGCGAGUGGCAGCUAUUGCUACUUGUGCAUCAGGAGCAGUUAAUAGACCAGAAGUGCGUCCAGAUACAGAUGAAACAGGUUUGGCUCAGUAUGGUCAGAGCUAUGAGGUUGAGGCAGUGCCUCCAGAACUGCAGCCCCUUCUUCUUAUUGCUCUCAAUGACCCAGUGAAGAGAGUUCAACUGGCAGCCGCUGUGUGCCAGUAUGCCAUUGGCAAACCCAAUGCCCAUGCUCAGGAUAUACUGCAAAAAGCACUACAACAUGAUUCUUCAGGAACAGGAGCAGAUGGCUGGGUUGCAGCUCAGUGUUUAGCGUUAGAAGGGGAGGCCAGUCAAACUGUAAUAGAAAGGUUACUCUCCCAGCUGUUUCUCAGCAGUGCUCCAGCAGACCAAGAACAGGCUGCCACCCUACUAGCCAGCAUUAGUAGCAAGACUAUUCUAGUGCGCUCACUGCUGGGAGAGCAAUUAAACAGCGCUGACUAUAGAAACCGAGUUCUGGCCUGCAAAACCAUAUCAGAGCUUAAAUGCCCAAUCAACAAGGAUCUGACCAACAAGUUGUUGUACUUGAUGUGGAAUGACUGGAGUGGUUUCGUGCGUCAGGCAGCAGCACAGGCUUUGGGCAAACUGGGCUUAGGCUGUGACAUACACAAUGAAUUGUGUGUCAAACUACAUGAGGGUCCAACACCUUGGAGGGUGGAGGCAUUGGUUCUAAUUGGUCAGCUGAAGAUAAUGACAGCCAAGCUCCUGCCCAGUUUCUUGCACUGCCUAAAUGAUGAUUUUGUUGUUGUACGCAAACUGGCCUGUUCAGCUGCUGCCUCUCUCCUGAUCAAAGAUGAGAUGAUCCAGAAUCAACUGUUUCAGUUAAUGCAGAAUGACUCAUCGUGUGAAGUGAAGGUGGCAGCAAUAAAUGCUCUAGGAAGAAUCGGUUGGUUGACACCUACGCUCCAGGAGCUCUUACUGUGGGCGCUGCAACAUGAGGAGGAGCCCAGUGUGCGCAUUGCUGCCUGUGAGGCCCUGAAGAUGUUAGGGGUAAAAGGACCCGAACUACAGAAUCUUCUGCAGGAACGAUUUGCCUUGGAAGCUAAUGCUCAAGUUCAUAGGCACCUGGAGGAUCUGAUGAAACACUGUGGCUACAGCUUAGAUGUGGACAAAGGCAGGGGCCAUGAGAUAACACAGCAAGUGCAAAAGCUCUGCACAAAGAGCAAUAUCACAGAGAAACUGCUGCAAUUAGAGGACCUGAAACAGCAAACACAGAGGAAGAUGCCAAGGACAAAAAGCUGGCCAGAAGCUGCAGUCCUGUCUGCACUAGUGCAAGAAGGAUUCAGAGGUUUGAAAAACACACUCGUCAAUGAAGGACUGAUCAGCACAUGGUUCAGAUAUUCAGGUGUUAUAACAGGUUACAAUGUGUUUGAGAUUUAA